CAGUGACAGUACACCUAGCUGGGGGAUCUCCAUGCCAGAAAAAAAAAUCCCCCGGGCCACAGCGUAACACACAUAUCCGACGAUACCCUAUCCGUGCUGGUGCCCUGUCUGUGAGCGCCGCCCGGCGUAUCUCCAAUUGAAGAGUUCGUUCCCUGACGUGCUGCGCCUGCUAGGUGCUGCACACCUGCCCUGGCUGCCCGCACCCAGUCCUGCCGUACCGGGCGCCCUGGCUCGCCUACCUACCCCAUCGGAGCCCAUCAAUUCGCGACCCUUCCACACUCCCGUCCCAAGGAUUUUCAGUUUGCCAGUUUGCUUUUGCUCGUCGACUCGUCCUUCAUUCUCGUCCUCUCUCCGCUUCCACUCCUGUCGUCAUCCACCCCCCCAAACUCUUUCAAUCUCUCAGCUGCCAUCGUAUUUCCCAGCGAGACGAGAGAGACAGAUAAUCCAGAAUGUUUUCUCGCGCAGCCCGGUUAUCGACGAGGGUAGCGGCGCCCGUCCGCGCCCGCGUUGCUGCUCCCCGUGUCGUUAUUCCCUCGAUCGCCGCUAGGAGGUCCGUCACCACCAAUGCUGCUUCGGCCCAGCUCGAGAAGCCCCUCCCAGAGUCGGAGACCGAGCCCUUCCAGGUCACCCUCAGCGAUGAGAGCUUCGAGACCUACGAGCUCGACCCCCCUCCCUACACCCUCAAUGUCACCAAGAAGGAGCUGAAGCAGAUGUACUACGACAUGGUCGUCGUCAGACAAAUGGAGAUGGCCGCCGACAGACUGUACAAGGAGAAGAAGAUUCGUGGUUUCUGCCAUUUGUCCGUUGGUCAGGAGGCUGUCGCCGUCGGUAUCGAGCAUGCGAUCGAGAGAGCUGACGACGUCAUCACCUCGUACCGUUGCCACGGCUUCGCCUACAUGCGCGGCGGUACCGUUCGCUCCAUCAUUGGCGAGCUUCUCGGUCGCCGUGGCGGUAUUGCCUACGGCAAGGGUGGUUCCAUGCACAUGUUCACCAAGGGCUUCUACGGCGGUAACGGUAUCGUCGGUGCGCAGGUCGCCGUCGGUGCUGGUCUUGCUUUCGCCCACAAGUACACUGGCCGCAAGAACGCUUCCAUCAUCCUCUACGGUGAUGGUGCCAGCAACCAGGGUCAGGUCUUUGAGUCUUUCAACAUGGCCAAGCUCUGGAACCUCCCUGCCCUUUUCGGCUGCGAGAACAACAAGUAUGGUAUGGGUACCUCUGCCGCCCGCUCGUCGGCCUUGACCGACUACUACAAGCGUGGCCAGUACAUCCCCGGUCUCAAGGUCAACGGCAUGGACGUCCUUGCCGUCAAGGCUGCCGUCGCGUACGGUAAGCAGUGGACCAACAACGACAACGGCCCUCUCGUGCUCGAGUACGUCACCUACCGCUAUGGUGGUCACUCCAUGUCCGACCCCGGCACCACCUACCGUACCCGUGAGGAGAUCCAGCGCAUGCGCUCCACCAACGACCCUAUUGCCGGCCUCAAGCAGCACAUUCUCGAGUGGGGUGUUGCCUCGGAGGAGGAGCUCAAGAACCUCGACAAGGAGGCUCGCGCCUACGUCAACGAGGAGGUUGCCGCCGCCGAGGCCAUGCCUCCUCCGGAGGCCAACCAGCAGAUUCUGUUUGAGGACAUCUACGUCAAGGGUACCGAGCCCGACUUCAUCCGUGGCCGUACCCCUGAUGAGCUUUUCUACUUCAAGCACUAAAAAAGUUAAAAUUGAGUAGAGAGGCAGAAGUAAUGACAAACUAGAUGGGUUUUUUCAAGUUACAACCAAGAAACUUGUCCUUUCCUCUGAUGCAUAUCACAAAACCAAAAAUGGUGCUGGCGUCUUUUAUCUACGUCGGCCAUCAUGGACGGUCGUCACUUCUUCUUUCCAUUUUCCUUGUAUAAUAAAACAUUUCUGCGUAGCGCAAAACAGUCACAAACACAACCACACACACAAACACAUAUAUAUAUAUAUAUAUCUAGACAGGUUUUAGGGGAAAGGGAUGGGGAAAGGGAAGGCGGGUUAUGAAAUUGAUAAGCUUUCAAGAUAGCUGUCUUGUUAUGAUGCAACAGCUGAAUGACUGGGCUUGUGAGAUGAGGUCCGAUAUCGUAUCGCAGCCUGCCCCUCCCUGCCCAGCCUCGAAUUGCCAGCCCUGUCUGUC